AUGGAAGCCCCCAGCAAACAGCAGCAAGCACGGCGACAGAGGGAGAGAGAGGCAGCCAACCAGUCGGGGACCAAGCGAAACUGUGGCAACAGCACAGCAGCAGCAGUUUACAACAACAAUGAACUGAUCAGGAUUGUGAUGGUGGGGAAGACUGGAGCUGGGAAGAGCGCCACAGGAAACACCAUUCUGGGACAAAAGUGCUUUAAAUCUGAGUUCUCCUUUACAUCUUUGACAAAAUGCUGUGAAAAGGUUUAUGGUGAGGUGGAUGGACAAAAGAUUGCUGUUAUUGACACUCCAGGCCUGUUUGACACCAAGAACACUGAAGUGAAAACACUUAAAGAUAUUGCUCAGAGCAUUUCUUAUGCUUCACCAGGACCUCAUAUCUUCUUGAUCAUCAUCAAACUGGGCAGAUUCACAGACGAAGAAAAGCAGACGGUGCAGAAGAUUCAGAAAAUCUUUGGUGAGGAAGCCUAUAAAUACAGCAUGGUUCUAUUUACCCAUGGUGACCUGCUCAACGGGAAACCUAUUGAGGGAUCCUUGGAGGACAGUGAAGAUCUGCAGGAAUUUGUGGCCAAAUGUAACGGCCAGUACCACGUGUUCAAUAAUGAGGUGAAGGAUCGUUCUCAGGUCAGUGAGCUGCUUGAUAAGAUAAGAAAUAUAAAUGUGAAGAAUGGAGGAAGCUACUACACCACUGAAAUGUUCCAAAUGGUAGAGAGAGCGAUAGAAGAGGAGAAACAAAGACUCCUGAAAGAGAAAGAAGAGCGAAACCGCAAAGCGCAGGAGAAACUGAGAAAGGAAUUAGAGGAAAAGCAUCAGCAACAGUGGAAAGAAGAGCUGGAGAAACUGAGGAAGGCAGAGAGAGAAAGACAAGAAAAGGAACAGCUGAGAAAAAUGGAGGCUGAGAGGGAGAAAUAUUUGAAGGCUGCUCAGGCAGAGAGAGAAAGACAAGAAAAGGAACAAAGAAUCUUGAAAGAGAAAGAAGAGCAAAACCGCAAAGAGCAGGAAGAACUGGAGGAACGAGAGAAAAAGUAUCAGCAACAGCUGAGAGAAAUGGAGGCACAGAAGGAGAAAAUGUUGAGGGAUGCUCUUGACAGGGAAAUGGAGGAAGAAAUAAAAAAACUGAAAGAAGAACAGGAUAUGCAGGCCAGACAAGAAGCUGAGGAAAGCCCCCAGUUAAUCCAAUGGUUAAAAAAGGCAGUUAAGGAAGUUGUCGGCAGGUCUACACCUCCCACAGUUUACAACAACAAUGAGCUGAUCAGGAUUGUGAUGGUGGGGAAGACUGGAGCUGGGAAGAGCGCCACAGGAAACACCAUUCUGGGACAAAAGUGCUUUAAAUCUGAGUUCUCCUUUACAUCUUUGACAAAAUGCUGUCAAAAGGGUUAUGGUGAGGUGGAUGGACAAAAGUUUGCUGUUAUUGACACUCCAGGCCUGUUUGACACCAAGGACAUUGAAGAGGAAACAGAUAAAUAUAUUGCUCAGAGCAUUUCUUAUGCUUCACCAGGACCUCAUAUCUUCUUGAUCAUCAUCAAACUGGGCAGAUUCACAGACGAAGAAAAGCAGACGGUGCAGAAGAUUCAGAAAAUCUUUGGUGAGGAAGCCUAUAAAUACAGCAUGGUUCUAUUUACCCAUGGUGACCUGCUCAACGGGAAACCUAUUGAGGGAUCCUUGGAGGACAGUGAAGAUCUGCAGGAAUUUGUGGCCAAAUGUAACGGCCAGUACCACGUGUUCAAUAAUAAGGUGGAGGAUCGUUCUCAGAUCAGCAAGCUGCUCGAUAAGAUAAGAAAUAUUAAUGUGAAGAAUGGAGGAAGCUACUACACCACUGAAAUGUUCCAAAAGGCAGAGAGAGCGAUAGAAAAGGAGAAACAACGAAUCCUGAAAGAGAAAGAAGAGCGAAACCGCAAAGAGCAGGAGAAACUGAUGAAGGAAAUAGAGGAAAAGCAUCAGCAACAGUGGAAAGAAGAGCUGGAGAAACUGAGGAAGGCAGAGAGAGAAAGACAAGAAAAGGAAGAGCUGAGAAAAAUGGCUGAGAGGGAGAAAUAUUUGAAGGCUGCUCAGGCAGAGAGAGAAAGACAAGAAAAGGAACAAAGAAUCUUGAAAGAGAAAGAAGAGCAAAACCGCAAAGAGCAGGAAGAACUGGAGGAACGAGAGAAAAAGCUACAGCAACAGCUGAGAGAAAUGGAGGCGCAGAAGGAGAAAAUGUUGAGGGAUGCUCUUGACAGGGAAAUGGAGGAAGAAAUAAAAAAACUGAAAGAAGAACAGGAUAUGCAGGCCAGACAAGAAGCUGAGGAAAGCCCCCAAUUCUCUAAUACUAUCAGUUACUAA